GGUGGUGAUUAGCAUAAAUUAAGCAAAUUUAGUAUGAACUUAACAAUAAUUAGCAACGGAUUAGUGGGGCUUUAAUGAGGGUUAGCAUGAACGUUAGGUUAGGGGCGUGGGAAACGAUUGGAGUAAGGUGUGAAGCAACGAAAUCUUGGGAACUGCUUGGGCUAAAGGCCCAAGCCUUUGAAAAUAUCCAAAAGAAACGGAUACCAUGGAUAUGCUGAGAACGUGUCGUCGUACCUUCAUACAUCGAAACCCCUCAAGAACCGCCUUGGCCAACGGAACUUGCUGCGAGUGUGAAAAUUCACGGCCGGAUUGAAACAAAAGCUCGUGCAUCAAGCAAACAUCGUCGUCGUCUUCGUAUCGUUGACGAAAAAGGAGUUUCUCUGAUUCACGCGUUGCAUCACGGUUUGGCGAUUGUGUUUGAUUGUGGUUGGGAUCAAGAUGAAGACAGUUGAAUCAUUGUUCAUGUGUUACGUUGCAGAACGAAGACAGAUAUGUUGCUGCAUUCUUGAUGCAUUGAGGGAUGGAGUUGUUGAUGCGUUUGCAAUGAAGAGCGAAAAAUGGAAUUUUUUCGGAUCGACUCGUUGUGUUUUCGAUGAUGAAGAGUCUCUGAUGAUUGUCGGAUCGAGAUGGAGAUGAUGAGUUCGAUUUCAUGAGUGAGGAUUCUCGAAGAUGAAUUGGAGAGUGAUGGAAAGGUUAGGAAGUGGAUGGUGAAGACCUGAAGUUACAGGGUUAGGGUGUUGGUUGAAGAAGAGGGUUCGAAGGUUGUGGAGUUGAAGAGUCGAGAGUGAUUUUCUUUCUUCUUCCAUUUUGUUGAAGAUUUUUGUGAAUUCUUCUGGAAUCGUUUCUGUUGGGAAUCCUGUUGAGUUUUUUUUUCGGCAGUUAUUGAAGAUGGUUAGAGAGUUGGUUAGGAAAGUUAAUAGAGUUUGUUAGAGGGUCCUUGAGUCGGUUUGUUAUAGGAGGGAAUAUGUGGUUGUUACGAAAGGUUGUUAGAAGCUGGAGGAGGUUAGUUUCGGAGGUUAGAGGAUUGUGAUGGAGGGAUGUUAGUAGGGUCAUCAUUUGAAGGGUCUCGCAAAAGUUUUUCUUCUGCAGCGUUCUAAUGUUGGUUUCUAGUGGAGAUUGAAGAAGUUUGUAAGGUAGGUUUUAAGGGAAGGUGUAGAUUCAAAUGGAAGGUUAUGAGGGGUUUAUGUUCUGUUGAGAGGUUGGUUCUUUAAUGUGUUGUGAAUGGUUAUGAGGUUUUGGAAGCUUUGCUGCCAAUUAAAAAAUCUGUUAGGGUUUUUUUGGUUAUCCAGCCUUGAAGAUUGGAGGGUCAAAAUCGAAUUAUGUUAGAGAGUUCCGGGUUGUUGGAAAUUAUGUUAUGCUGAGUUUAUUGACAGUUGGAGUUUGUUAUUCGGUUGGUUGAGAGUUGAGGGAGGGUUUUGGGAGAAGCCAUUUUGGGUGGUUAGCAAUUCUUGCUAUAAGAUUCUGUUAUGAUUUCUAGUUAUAGAAAUUUUACAGGGUCGUUUCGGUUAUCCGUUGGAGGUUGGUUGAUACGGUUUGAGAAGUUAGUUGUGGCAGAUGGUUAGGGGCGAUGAAUUAUGUUUUGAGGUUGGUUUUGAAGUUGGAGGCAGUUCUGUUAUGUGAUGAAUGGAAAAUUUUGAAGGCCGAAAACUCACAUUGGCACCAACAACAAUAACAAUCAAAUUCUGUCCACUAUCCUAAAGCGUAACAACAACAUGUCUAGUCGGAGCAGACAACACAACAACAAGAUAAUCUAAACGAAUGCCACCCUCAUGAAGAGCAUCGGCGACGAGGUUUCCGUGAGCGUCAUUUCAGACCUGACCAAUGAAUUUGGCCAAGUGUUGGAGGCUCAAAGUCCACAGUGCAGUUUCAGGUCAUCUAGGGCUCAUAAAAGUCAACUGCAAGUCAACUGAGGGCUAGGAGAUGGAGAAAUGGUUUGAGACACUUCAUUCAUGUUCAAAAGAGGUUUAUUCGACAUGUCAAAUAUCUACCUUGAAGAUUUUGAAGCCAGAUCAAAAGUUUCCCAAAAUGGAAAGUGACCUGUAAUUUCAUGUUUCCAAAAAUGGCAAGUUUUUGGACCAAUUUCAACUCAACUUUCCAACAUCAAAGAAGCUUCAAAUGAAAUUGUAUCCAAAAAGUCCAAGAUCAUGAAUUUGUGAUGAAUGGUUAAGGAGUUAUGAUCAAAUCAUUGCAAAGUGUGCCUGAAACUUCAAAUGGCCAUAUCUUUUGAACCAAGACUCCAAUUUGAGUGCUCCUUUUUGCACAAUUCUCCUCAUGGCAUGAAUUUUCCAAAUACCUCAUCACAUUGCAUGAAAUUUGAACAUAUGAUCAUUGGCUUAUUCAUGAAGUUUUUGAAGGAAAAUUGCCAAAAUCAAAUUUGGUUGAUCACAUGCAUAUAUUUCCAAUUCCAAUGGGUGCAUGGACUGAUUUUAAGUGGAUUUGGGCCUUCAUGGUGCACUGUUCACGUGUGGCUUCCAUGCAUGGGGUGAAAUUGCAAAUUUGUGCAUGCACCUUAUAUCCUUCUAAUCUCAUUUAGCUUUGGCCUAAUCAUGAUUUCAGGUUAAUUAGCAGGACAUAUAUAAGGUUAAUUAUAACUGCAUUGCACAUAACACACAGUUUUCAGAUCUAGAUUUUGAGUUUUGAUCAAAAAUUUCUCUCACAAAGAACUUCAAAAUUCCUCACAUACACACUCAUUUCCUUGCAUAAUUGUGGAUCCUGGUGAAGUUUAAAGUGUGAUUCAACGUGCAUUUUGUGGAUUUCUGCUCAAAAUCGUGCAUGCUAUAAGCUUGAAGGUGUUGAUGGCAAUUUCAAAUUAAGCUGGAUCUACACGUUUCUGAGCCUCCAAUUCUUCAUCAAUCAUCACUACAAGCAUUCUGGAACUGAUUUGGACCAUUACAAGUGCUGGAUCGUGCAAAACCAGAAUCUGCUCUUCAAGAGGUGAGUUUUUCAACCUUGACAAUUCUCAAAUCCAUGUGUAUGUUUGUGUAGAUCUCUUCACACUGAUGAUUUUGAGCUAAAAAUCACAUGAAAUGAUGCAUUAUUCACUGAGUUAUGUAUGAUUGAAGUUUGAUGCACCAAAAAUGUUUUGCUCGAUUCUCUUGGAUCUUGAUGAUUUAUGCUUAGUUGUUUGUUGAUCUGUACUCACCAUUGAAGGAUCUUUCUAAUGAUAUGCUUGUUUUGAAAAUCUGGAGAUUUUGUUCUUGAACGUGUUACUGUUCAUCUUCAUCUUCAUGAAGAAGAUGAAGAUCAUCCUGUUAGCGUCCAUUCAUCCAUGUUAGCGAAGGAUCUGUUUAUUUGCGUGCGUGGCCUAGGGUUCGUGUUUCAUUGGUCCACGUUUUUGCCUUGCAAGCGAAUUGGUUGGUCCACAUUCAUUCUGACCGUGCCAAAUCAGCGCUGACUGCCACCUAAUUUAAUGAAACGCGGCGUUUCAUACUUGUUGGCGCGCCACAUUUGAAUUGUUACCGUGUUCGAUCCUUCCAUGCGCCAGAUUUUCAAACUUAAUUCCAUUUCUUCCUUUUCCCUCCAUUUGCCAUGCUUUGCUUAUUUUUGAUUUUUCAUUUUUUAUGCUAACUUCAAAAAUCCAUAACUAAUUGAAAAAUGCUUCAAAUCAUUCCCAAUUUUUUGCAAAAUGAUCCUUGUGAUGUCUAGUUUUUUAUGAUGAUGAAUUUUGAAGUUGUGCAUGGCUGGUUCUUGAUUUGUGUUAGAGAAGGUGAACAUAUGUACUUUUAUGACCUUGCCUUAUUCAUCUUAUUGUGAAAUGCUUGAUUUUAAUCCAAUGGACAUGAAAUUUUACAUGAUGAUUCUAGACAUGUUAAUGGAUGUUUGAGGCUUGUUUUGAUAUUUUUCUCAUUUGCCAAUUCUGUUUUAUGUACAUGUUUGCAUGGUGUGACAAUUUGUGUCACACAUUUGGUUGUCCAACUUGUGCAAUUUAAUUUCCAUGCCAAUUGAUCUUUGAUGCUUCUGAUUUUUGGUGUGAUGAUCAUGUGUGAUGUGGUGAAUGUGCAUGAAUUUUUCCAGAAUUAUUUGAAUCAUUUCUGUUUUGAUUCAGAAUUUUCAUUCUCAAUGUCCAAAUGUAUGCCUUGAAUUGGUCUUUGACUUCUCUUGCCUAUUACAUGAACUUGCUUGUUGAUUUUGGUUUGGUCCUUUUUAGGACAUGUUCUUGAUUGAUUAAAUAUGAUUCAUGUUGAAUAUCAAGUUCUGUUUUGGCUUUUUGAUCCACUUUUGACCCUAGGCUUUGACCUAGUGGUUUGGACUUACCAUUUGAGUUUUGAAUUUCAGGUUCAAGUAUGCAUCUCCAUGAUUGAUGUUGCUCCUUCAUUUGAGCUUGAUCAUUUGUUACUGUUGGCUAACAUUUGUUUGUUUUGUAGGCUUUGAUGAUGGUUCACUUGUGUUUAUGGCUUAUGUUUUGCAUAUUGGGUUGUCUGUUUGAUAUUGACUGUUGACUAUUGUCUGAAUUUUGUACUGAUUGGUUUAGUUGUUUCCACAGGUACCUAAGUUGCUUUAAGUUCAUUUGAACUUUGCUUUGCUUGUGGUUGACAUACCACUUAGGUGUCAGUAUCUAACUGGUGCACCUAGUUCCUCCGCUCAGAUAUCCUGCCAGACUCAACAAACCCGGACUGAUGGAUCCACCCAAUGCCGACAUUCUCGAACUGAAAGAGAUGAUGAGGGAGUUGUUCAAAGUAGUGCAAGGGCUCGCCUUGGGGCUGAAAGCAAUUGAUGAGAGGGUGGAGAGGAUUGAGAAACGGCUGAUAACAGAGAAAGUUCAGGGAAAGGCUCCGUCAUCCGCGGUAAAGAAGCCCUCUGGCAAUGGUCAGCCCGAGAAGGAGGUUGAAUCAGGUGGUGUGCAGGCAAAAAAAGAACGCGGUAAGGAUUGUUACCACCCUUAUGCUGCCACUGUAACCACUCCUGCUGGUAAUCCACCUGCACCACAGCAACAACCGCCACCUCAACAGAAAGCGCCGAAAGCUAAGGGCCAAGUGAAGAAGGGGACGACGGAUCGUCAGUUUGAUAAGCCACCCGUGACUUAUACCCUUCUGUUCAAGAGGUUGAGGGAUCUUGGGUUAGUUCGGUCGAGGAUAUUGGUUCCUAUAGAACUGCAUCGGAGGCCUGCAAACUACGAUGAGAACGCCAAGUGCGAGUUCCAUUCUGGAGCACCCGGACACAACAUUGAGGGUUGUAGAGCUUUUAAGCAUGUCGUCCAAGAUAUGGUGGAUUCUAAGGUCAUCACUUUGGCACCAACACUGAAUGUUAAUGCUAACCCCGUACCGAUGCAGGGUCCUGUGGGGGUGAAGGUGAUGUCAAAGGACAAGAGAGGAAUAGAGGUGACUGAUGGGGAUCAGUUAAACACUCCAAUGUCUGUGGUCCCGAAACAUCUGAUGAAGAGUGGAGCAUUCCCUAGUGUUGAUAAUUGUUGUGCAGCUGUCGCCACAAAUGGGUGUGCAAUGAUGAGGGAGACGAUUCAGAAGAUGUCGGAUGUAGAAAUGGACGGUGAAAAAUUCGAAACACCAAGUCAGGCAGUUGAAACCGUUAAAGUGGAGGACGCCAUUCUUGUUGAGAAAGAGAAGAAGCUGUCCAUUUCUUCUUACAAACAGACCAUAGAAGUGGUGAAGAACGGAGAAGCCCUAGGCUGGGGAAAGAUCAUAGACAUUGUGGUGAAAGCAGAUAUGUUCGGGGUUGACUAUUAGCCAGAUCAAGAGUCGUCUAGACAAAACAGAGGACGUCGUCAACCGUUCACAUUCGUCAGUGCCGGAAUGCUGGAUCCAGGUCACGCCUGUACAGUAGGUGAAGAAAUCGACAGUGACCGCGAGCUUAAGUCGUGGAUAAAAUCGUGCGUACCAGGAAACUGGAAAGCCUCAAAGGUCAUCACCGUCACUCAUCAUGAAGAGUAGUAUUUCGGUUUUUCAAUUCUGUUUGCAUGAAAGCCAUACGUUUUGCCCGAAACGUAAUGGUCCAUUGU